CAGGUUGGUCCCACUGAGAUCUGAUAUCUCUUUUGCAAGGAAUGAAUAUAACACCUUUUCUUUCUGCUUAUGACCCACAUGCUAUGAGACUUAAUGGACAUAGUGCCACAGAUGCCCCCCACUGGUUUUUGAGGCAGUUUUGAAGCUGGAGAUGCUAACUCAACCUAACUUUUGGUUGACCUUUUGCCUUUUUGCUUACCACAUAGGUUCCUAGCAUUCAAAACAGCAGUGCCUCUCAUUUGCCAAACUCACAACCACAAUAUCUUCAACCAAAUCGAUUACAAAUGAUUUUCCUUGUUUGAACCUGGCUGUUUAUUCGUUGCUGUAAAGAUGGGUUAUUUUAAAAUAGGUACGUAUGUGGUUUCUGGAGUUAAGGUCCGUACACCGGGAACGAUGCAAAUAUAAGACGCAAAAAUGACGCGUCUUGGUGGAAUCAAGAAGACUGACACAACAGCAGACUGACUGUUUUCAGUUCUGAUUAGACACUCGUGUUGAGAUGUCUGUCUGUCAUGAUAGCAUGUACUGAGUCAGGGCCAGUACCAGAUAAUCACAUUAAACUAAAAUCCAUAAACGUAAGGUAACAACCGAGACCUAAUGGUGCUGUGACAGCAACGCGAUUGAGUUUGAGGCAGUGAAAAUACAUAUGGCAUGUUGUAUCUGAACAGGUUAGCUCACGAGUGUAGCGAUUUGAAUUUAUAAUGAAUGUCUGAAGAUUAAUAAUUGUAAAUUAUGACAUCUAUGCACUCGUUGCAGGGGCACCACCCAGCCUUAAUGAUGGGAAAAUAAAGAAAAACAAAAGUUUAAUUCAGAAAUCAAACCUGAUGUCAAUCUUAAAUUAAUUAAUCUCAUAUCUCAAGAUGAAAUUCUCAUUUCAGGGAUUUUCAGGGAUGCAUAAGAUGUCAUGAUCAGUCAUUUUUAUUCUUUCACCAAAGGAAUGCAGUUUUUAUCAGAACAUGGUCGAGCAGGGUUUUACGACCGAGGUCUGGAGGUCAGUGUCCUGCUCCUCAAACCUCCCUUUGGAGUCCGUGUGUUCACUCAAUUUAGGAUGGUAAUAUUUUAAGUAAACAACAACUAGCAAGGGCCAUGAAACCCAAGAGGAAUGCUAAAUGGAAUGGGACCCAAGAUCAAGUGUAACGGAAUGGAACCAAAGGUGAAUGCUAAAUGGAAUGGAACCCAAGGUCACAUGACAAUGGAAUGUUAUCAUUCAAAUGACAUGCUGAUGGCAGGUUACAGUUGAAAAACCACAACAACCAACCAAUUGAUCAACAUGCCAAGCAACAUGCCAAGCAAGAGACAGUGCAGACAGAAGGUUGAGGCCUCAAAGCCGAUGGGCAGAACAAGACAUCAGCAGGGGCUGACUGAUGUCUGCCAAGAAGACUUUGAAACAGCCAAACAUGUGGGGAAUCGGUUUGACCUGCUUUGUGAGCUCGGGGGUACAGAAGAUGUGGAGAGCGUGAUGCCGAGCAGAGCAAAGAAUAAGAAACUCCGACGCAAACAGCAGAAGAGGGAGAAAGAUACAGCAGGUCAAACACCCCAGGAUGAUGUGAAGCCAGCAGAGCUGCCCAGAACUACGGGUGAGGAAUCUCCUGAGCCUUCACCUGAGGAGACUGAGUCAGUCAUCAAGAUGCCCGAAAAGCUUCUUGGAGAUGAUGGGAUGAGCAAGGAAGAGCUCAGCGAAAAGCUGCAGGAGGAGAUACAGAAGAACAAACUCCUUCAAAAAGAGAUGGAGAUGAAGGAAGAGUCCACACUCUCCAUCAUUCAGACCUCUGAGGCACAGAUAACUGCUCACCAACAGCAAGCUGAGGUCCUCAAACAAGACACUGAGGAGAAGAUCAAGUCUCUGGAGGAUAGGGUAAAAGAAGACAAGAGAAUCAUCUCAGACAUGAAGACUGAGCAGGCUGUCCUUCUUGAAAAGAUGGCAGAGGUCGACGAUGCCGUGCAGAACAGCCUGAAAAAGGAGAAGGACCUCUUGAAGGAAAAUGAGGAUUUGAAGCUUCAGCUGGACUCUUUAAAUCAGCUUCAAGAGGAGAACAAGGAGCUGAAGGAGAAACUCCAAACCAGCCAGGAGAGUUUCAACACCGAACUCCAGCUGGAAAAAGAAAAGCAUGAAAUCCUGCAGAGGAGCAUGGACGAGAAGGUCAAAACUCUGCAGGACGAAGCUGAAGAAAAGGAGAGGAUGUACUUGAGAGAGAUUGAGAAUUUGAAAGCCAAACUCAGCCUCCAAGUUUCUCUGAACAUUCAGCCUGUCUCUGAAGUUCAGACAGAAGAUGUGGCCACUCAGACAGAUGACACCAGCAGUCUGGAGGAAACCAAAUUGGAGGAGGAACCAGCCCUGGAAGUCCAACAGGAGGUUGUGGAGUCACAGGUAAGGAUUGGAAUGGAGAACCGGUUCUUGUUGAGAACCGGUUCCAAAUGGUUCAGUCCAUCAAAAUCAUUUAUAUUUUAUCUUAACUAGUCCCUUCAUGAUUCCUUUCUUCUUCUUCUAAAGAAUUAAAUCGAUAAGCAGAAUCGAUAAUGGCAUUGAUAUCAAUAAAAAUCUGACCAAUUCUCAUCCCUAUUCACAGGAACCUGACACCCCUGCGACUCUCACACUCCAGAAGGAGCCUGAAGUUUCCAUCGAGACAGUGUCUCCAGCUCCAGAGACUCCAGCUCCAGCUGGACCAUCAGCCUGGAAAAGGUUCAGGCAUGCCUUAGGGUUGAGGAAGCCAAAGAGCUGGAAGAGAACCAGAUCAACUCCUCAGCUCGACCCCACCUCAACCAACUAAACCCCCCUCCUCCUUUCUUCCCCACCCUCACCUCGAAACCUUACCCUCCCAUCUUCAUCCCAGAACCUCACCUUCACAUCCUCAUCCUACCUUCAUCCCAGAACCUUACCUUUUUCCUUCAUCCCAUAACUUUACCCCCACAUCCUCAUCCUACCCUCAUCUCAUAACUGUACCCUCCUUCAAACCCCUUUUUGUGGGUUUACUCCAGGAUGCCUUGGUUUGCCCGAGCAUCUGUAAAUCUACUUGUAAAUAUGAAAAUACUUGUGAAUGUCAAUGUACUUGUGAA